CUGCUAUUCCCGGCGUCAGUCGCAUUUAGAUUCAUUCGCAAUUUGGGAGCCAACGGCAUAAAAUGCCGCGCUCUUAUACGAGUUGAUGAACGCGACGGGAACUGUUUAUGCGUAUAGAUCAUAUUCACAUACAUAUACAUAAGUGUUUUGUGCUAUUGUUUAUCAAAUACCUGCGGCAGCUUCAAGCUUCAAGAAGUUUGCAAUAAUUUAUGACAUUUGAAAAACAGUUUGCUAAAAUAAUGAGUCGUAAAGUUAAUGGAGUAAGAGGCGUCAACUGCACCUGCCUUCGACUUAUAAUAGUGAUGUGCGUAUUUGUCAUGUCGGGGGUCAAAGGUGACGCCGUCGAAGUCAUCGAACUGGGCAGCAACUGGAGUAUAUCUAAUCAGAAUGGCUCCUUGACCGUUGCCAAACAGACACUGCCCUCGGGCAUUUACAGUGCCUUCUAUCCCGGCCAGCUGCUGGAAUCCUACAAUGAUGUGAAUCUCCGUUGGUUGGCCUACGACAAUUGGACAUACACCAAUAGUUUUCCGUUCGAUGUGGAUCAUUUUAAGCAAGUGCGAAGCUUUACGCUGACCUUCCAUGGCAUCGACACAAUAGCUGAGAUUCGAUUGAAUCAUCAGCUGCUGGGACGGACGGACAAUAUGUUUGUGCGCUACUCGUACGAUGUGACCAAAAUUCUGCAGGACGAGAAUUUGCUGGAGGUGGAGAUAACAUCACCAGUGUGGUCGGCAUUGGCCAAGGCUGAGGUUUUGAGAAAUCAAAGCGUCAGUGUGCCACCAGCAUGUCCUCCAGCACGUUAUCAUGGCGAGUGCCAUAUGAAUAUGUUGCGAAAGAUGCAGGCUAGCUUUGCCUGGGACUGGGGACCGGCAGCUCCAUCGAUGGGUAUCUGGAAGAGCGUACAGCUGGAAAUGUACGAGGUGGCUUUGCUGCGGGACGUGGAUGUCGAUGUUAGUCGGAACGAGACGCACUGGAACAUGCACAUCACUUGCUACUUGGAUGUGGCGGGCAAAGAGAGCUUUUACGCUCAACUGAUCUUCUAUGCCGUCGAGCUACUGGAGCAGCCGGUGGUUAUAGACACAUACAGCACACAGCCCAUUAGCUACUUGUCGCCGGUAAUUGUGUUCGAUCAGGCUGUGCCAAUUGCGGAUGUCGUACCCUGGUGGCCCAAUGGCUAUGGCGAUCAGAAGCUCUAUCCACUGCAUUUUACACUAAACGCCUGGCUGGGCAACGAUGGACCCAAGGUGCGUUCCAAAACCAAAUCACAGAAGUCUAUACGCGUCGGCUUUCGUACUCUGGAGCUUAUUGAGCGUCCCGCUCCGGAUGGACAGGGGAACACUUUUCUAUUUCGAGUCAACGGAAUUGAGAUAUUUAUGAAGGGCAGCAACUAUAUACCAUCCAAUAUACUUCCAGAGAAUCAGACUUCAAAUCAAAUUGCCUAUCUCCUGGAAUCAGCUAAGGAAGCGCAUAUGAAUAUGCUGCGUGUUUGGGGUGGCGGAGUAUAUGAGUCGGAUUACUUUUACGAUCUGGCUGAUAGACUAGGGAUACUCAUUUGGCAGGACAUGAUGUUCGCCUGCGCCAUGUACCCAGUGACCCCGGACUUUCUAUCCUCAGUCCGCGAGGAAGUGCGACAGAAUGCCAAGCGAUUGUCUCAUCAUCCAAGUGUAGCCAUUUUUGUGGGCAACAAUGAGAACGAAGUUGCGCUGGUACAGGACUGGUAUCAGACAAUCACCCAGCUGGAUCGGUUCAAGGAAGAGUACCGGGAACUUUACCUGGGCAGCAUUCUGCACGAGCUGAAGAUUGUGUCGCACAGUUCGAGACCUUCACCGUUGGUUUCUUCGCCUUCAAAUGGCAAGGCUAGCGAGAAGGAUAACUACAUAUCAGAGAAUCCACAGGAUAAUCACAAUGGCGAUGUACAUUUCUAUGAUUACAUGAAGGACGCUUGGGAUCCAGGAAUUUAUCCACGUCCACGAUUUACCAGCGAGUACGGCUUUCAAUCCCUGCCGGGCUCAAAGGCUUGGGAUCGUGUUUUGAACGAAGACGACAAGCUGUCAGAACUAAUUUCCCAUCGACAGCAUCAUCCGCUUGCCAUGUUACCCAUUACCACCCAGGUGCAUCGUCAUUUGCCGCUGCCGUUGCCCGAGAACGAGGAUUACGAAGAGGCCCUCAUCUACUUUAGUCAGAUAUCCCAGGCCAUGGCCACCAAGGUGGAGACAGAACUGUAUCGCAGUCUCCGGGAUACGAAUCAUAAUACCAUGGGUGCUCUCUACUGGCAACUCAACGAUGUUUGGGUGGCACCCUCCUGGUCCGGCAUUGAUGUCUAUGGCAACUGGAAGCUCUUGCAUUACUGGGCACGUGACUUUCUGGCUCCCACUGUAAUUGUAGCUCUUUAUGAUAAGCCCACGGGAUCGCUAAAUAUUUCCUUGAUUUGCGAUGAGCCAAACAUCAACACUGAUGAUCUAAAUGUCGUUGAACACAUUCAUCUGUGGUCGCAAUUGUUGCCUCGAGAGUCUCGCACCUGGGCUUCUACCCUGCGACCCAAUGGGGUGCAGUAUGACAAGGUGAUUCAAUUGAAGGAUUUGCUCAAAGGCGAGUUCAAUGAGCGAAAUGCCUACGUGGAGUAUCAGCUGCGACGCAAAGAGGAAUUAAUUUCACGCACCUACUUCUUCCCCAGCAACAUUGCAGCUGCUGUGGGCAUCACAGAUCCGCAGCUGGAGUUUGAGAUUACGUCGAAAACCUGCCACCAGACCAACAUUGGAACACGGAAUAGCGUCAGCUUAACGAUCGAAGUAAAACAUCCCGCGGUCUUUGUCUAUGUGGAACUGCAGCUACCCUAUCGCUAUAAGCUGUCCGAGAACGGGUAUAUGCAGACGACGCCCGUACAUGUCAUCCAUGCGGUGGUGGAGACCAGUUCAUGUAUUCGCCUCUGGCGCAAAUCCUACUUUAAUAUCUGGACGGUCAACGAGUUCAUGACGUAAAGUUUUAGUGCAACAUUUACAUAGGUAUAAAUAACUUAACAAUUAAACAAAACAAUAAAUAUAGUAGAUAUAGAUAUAGUAUAA